AUCAAUCAUCACCAUAUAUGUAACUAAAACGUAAGGACCAAGUUGAUUCUCAUUUCUCACCAUGGCUUCCUCUUUGCUUCUUUUUUUCCUCUUCUGCUCAGUGAUUUUGCUACCCUUUGUUGUAGCUCAAACCAAAACCAACAUAGCCAUUGGUGAUUCUCAUACUGCAGGAAAAAGCACAACCCCAUGGUUGGUUUCAUCACCUUCUGGUGACUUUGCCUUUGGUUUCCUCCCACUUGAGGCCACUCCUGAUCAUUUCAUACUUUGCAUUUGGUAUGCCAACAUUCAAGACAGAACCAUAGUUUGGUUUGCCAAUAGGGACAACAAGCCUGCACCAAAGGGCUCAAAAGUUGAGCUUUCUGCUGAUGAUGGGUUGGUUCUCACUGCCCCAAAUGGUGAUAAGUUAUGGAACACUGGUGGCUUCACUGCUAGAGUUUCUAGUGGUGUGUUCAAUGACACUGGCAACCUUGUGCUUCUUGAUGGUGCCUCCAGCAGUACUUGGGAGAGUUUUGAUGAUUAUAGAGACACCUUGCUGCCUUCUCAGACUAUGGAAAGGGGUCAGAAGCUUUCUUCUAAACUUAGGAGGAAUGACUUCAACAUUGGCAGGUUUGAGCUCUUUUUCCAAAAUGAUGGUAAUCUUGUGAUGCACUCUAUAAAUUUGCCAUCUGAGUAUGUUAAUGCUAACUACUAUGCAAGUGGAACCAUUGAGUCCAACACAUCAAGUGCUGGGACUCAAUUGGUGUUUGAUAGGUCAGGAGAUGUGUAUAUUUUGAGAGACAACAAAGAAAAGUAUAACUUGUCAGAUGGGGGUUCUAUUUCCACCACUCAAUUUUACCUUAGAGCAACUCUUGAUUUUGAUGGGGUGUUCACACUCUAUCAACAUCCAAAGGGUUCUUCUGGGAGUGUAGGUUGGACCCCAGUGUGGUCUCAUCCAGAUAAUAUAUGUAAGGAUUAUCUUUCUGCUGCAAGUAGUGGCGUUUGUGGAUAUAAUAGCAUUUGCAGUUUGGGAGAUUAUAAGAGGCCAAUUUGUAAGUGUCCAAAAUGGUACUCACUGGUUGAUCCUAAUGAUCCUAAUGGUAGCUGCAAACCGGAUUUUGUACAAUCAUGUUCAGAAGAUGAACUUAGUCAAAGAGAGGAUCUAUAUGAUUUUGAGGUGUUGAUAGAUACUGAUUGGCCUCUUUCAGAUUAUGUGCUGCAAAAACCCUUCACUGAAGAACAAUGCAGACAAUCUUGUAUGGAAGAUUGUUUGUGUUCUGUUGCUAUUUUCAGGUUAGGUGACAGCUGCUGGAAGAAGAAGUUGCCACUUUCAAAUGGUAGAGUUGAUGCCACACUUAAUGGUGCAAAGGCCUUCAUGAAAGUGAGGAAAGACAACUCCUCCUUGGUUGUUCCUCCAAUCAUUGUGAAAAAGAAUAGUAGGAACACUUUGAUUGUGCUUUUGAGUGGUUCUGCUUGUCUCAAUCUAAUAUUGGUUGGAGCAAUCUGCUUGAGCAGUUUUUAUGUUUUUUGGUGCAAGAAGAAGCUUAGAAGAGUUGGCAAAAGUGGCACUAAUGUGGAAACCAAUUUGCGUUGCUUCACUUAUGAGGAACUUGAAGAAGCUACCAAUGGCUUUGAGAAAGUGCUAGGAAAGGGAGCUUUUGGUAUUGUGUACGAAGGAGUCAUCAACAUGGGUUCCCUUACUCUCGUGGCAGUAAAAAGGUUGAACACUUUUCUCUUGGAAGAGGUUCAAAAGGAAUUCAAGAAUGAACUGAAUGUCAUUGGCCUCACUCAUCAUAAGAACUUGGUCCGUUUACUUGGAUUUUGUGAGACUCAAGACGAAAGGUUGCUGGUUUAUGAGUACAUGAGCAAUGGAACUUUAGCAAGUCUUGUUUUCAAUGUGGAGAAACCAAGUUGGAAACUGAGGCUACAAAUUGCAACUGGGGUUGCUAGAGGACUUCUAUAUCUGCAUGAAGAGUGCAGCACACAGAUCAUCCAUUGUGACAUAAAGCCUCAAAACAUACUCCUUGAUGAUUACUAUAAUGCAAGAAUUUCAGACUUUGGAUUGGCCAAGAUUUUGAACAUGAAUCAGAGCAGAACCAACACUGCCAUAAGGGGAACAAAAGGGUAUGUUGCACUUGAAUGGUUCAAAAACAUGCCAAUCACGGCCAAAGUGGAUGUCUAUAGUUAUGGGGUGCUGCUACUUGAGAUAGUUUCAUGCAGAAAAAGUGUAGAAUUUGAGGCAGAUGAAGAGAAAGCAAUCCUAACUGAAUGGGCUUUUGACUGCUACACUGAAGGUGUUCUUCAUGACUUGGUUGAGAAUGACAAAGAGGCAUUGGAUGACAUGAAGACCUUGGAGAAAUUGGUGAUGAUUGCCCUUUGGUGUGUGCAAGAGGAUCCUGGUCUUAGACCAACAAUGAGAAAUGUGACACAGAUGCUUGAAGGUGUUGUUGAAGUCCAAAUUCCACCAUGCCCCUCCUCACAACUUAGUAUUCAAUGUUCUCUAGACUAAUCAGUUGGUGCUAAUCCUAGUUGUGGUAUCUAGAUUCUAGUGUGAACUGUAAAAUUUACAUAUAUGUAUGUGUAUCUAUUUGAAGCUUUAUGUUCCUUCAGCAUUAUAGCAUUCGGGGUUUGAGAUCAAUUGACCUUUUGUAUUAACUAGCUUGAUAAACCAGUCACGUUUUGGAUUUA